AUUUGACCGACCAAGAGAAGGAAAGAAGAAACUUAAUUCUGGAAAGGCAGAUCCACGGGAACUCACCAUUUCACAACCCGCUGUAGAUCUCCUCCCUCCACCGAGGCGCUGAGCCCUUCUUCUUCUUCUUCUUCUUCUUCUUCUUCUUCUUCUUCUCUGUCUUCUCGCCCAUGGAGUGCGUCCGCUCCGGGGUUCUUGAUCUGCAGUGCUCGGCAGAGUUCUCGGGAAAGAGCGGUUCCACGAGGUCCUGUGGUAAAGCCAGUUGUUAUGCGAAUUUCGCUGGUUCUACCAAAUAUGAGCAGAACUUGCACAGCAAGGUUAAACCAUGGGUAUUAUCAGCAAGUGGAACCUCUAGUUUUGUUCACAGAAGUCCAGUACUUAAACAUCGGCACAAUCUUGUUGUAAGAUCCACCUCGGCAGAUGUAUGUACUACUUUUGAUGAAAAUAUCAAUGGUGUAUCUUCACAUGCUGUUGAAGACAAGGUUGGAGUACUCUUAUUAAAUCUUGGUGGUCCAGAGACCCUGAAUGAUGUUCAACCAUUUUUGUUCAACCUCUUCGCAGAUCCAGAUAUCAUUCGACUCCCUAGGCUAUUCAGGUUUCUUCAAAGACCACUGGCCAAACUUAUCUCUACUUUUAGGGCCCCUAAGAGUAAAGAGGGGUAUGCUUCAAUUGGUGGUGGAUCACCUCUGCGGAGAAUUACCGACGAUCAGGCUAAUGCUUUGAAGGUUGCACUAAAAAAGAAGAAUUUGGAAGCUGAUAUAUAUGUUGGAAUGAGGUAUUGGUACCCUUUCACUGAAGAAGCCAUCAAUCAGAUUAAGAAGGAUAAAAUUACCAAGCUUGUGGUUCUUCCACUAUACCCUCAGUACUCCAUAUCAACAAGUGGAUCAAGCAUCCGUGUUCUCCAAAACAUUGUCAAGGAAGAUCCAUAUUUUGCUGGCUUGCCGAUUUCCAUUAUUGAAUCAUGGUACCAGCGGGAGGGCUAUGUGAAAUCAAUGGCUGACUUAAUUGAGAAUGAAUUGUCAAUUUUUUCGACUCCUGAAGAGGUCAUGAUAUUCUUCAGUGCACAUGGAGUACCACUUACCUAUGUUAAGGAUGCUGGAGACCCCUACAGAGAUCAGAUGGAGGACUGCAUUGCUUUGAUAAUGGAGGAGUUGAGAUCCAGAGGAACCUUGAAUGACCAUACUCUCGCUUACCAGAGUCGAGUAGGGCCAGUUCAGUGGCUUAAGCCAUAUACUGAUGAAGUUUUAGUCGAACUCGGUCAAAAGGGUGUAAAGAGUCUCCUGGCUGUUCCUGUAAGCUUCGUGAGUGAGCAUAUUGAGACAUUAGAAGAAAUCGAUAUGGAGUACAAGGAGUUGGCUCUAGAGUCAGGUAUUGAGAACUGGGGCAGGGUUCCAGCUCUUGGGUGCACCUCAUCCUUCAUCUCGGACCUUGCUGAUGCUGUCGUCGAAGCCCUUCCCUCUGCUUCUGCAAUUGCUACCAGAAAGGCUAUCGACACAGACCCUGACAUGGACAUGAUGCAUUCCUUGACCAAGAUGUUUUUUGGCUCGAUCUUGGCCUUCCUUCUGCUGUUAUCACCAAGACUGAUUUUGGCUGUCCGGAACACUCUGCGUUGAGUUGGUUCUUUUCAACAAGCAGCAAUGGUGUGCAUUUUUUUAUGUCGAUGCUCCAGGGUUAACCAUUUGAUAAUUGUAACUAGAAACCAUAUAGAGGUACAACGGAAUAAUUUGUAAUUUUCCUUUUCCGAUAACCUGCCAUGAUAAAAAAAAAGUGAAAGUCCGCUCAAAAACAAAAAAGAAUAUCUCAGCAAGAAUAGACUUCUGGUCUAUCAGAGCCAUGUUCAUCAUUUUUUGUAGAU